CAGUGAUGAAUCCAGAGGAGCGAAUCGUGACAUGGCUUAUAUCCUUGGGAGUUUUAGAUUCCCCCAAAAAGACCGUCUGUGACCCGGAGGAGUUCUUGAAGUCCUCACUGAAGAAUGGGGUAGUGCUGUGCAAACUGAUCAACAGACUUAGGCCGGGCUCUCUAGAAAAGUACUGUUCGGAGCCCCAAACGGAAGCUGAUUGCCUCAGCAACAUCAGUGACUUCCUGAAAGGAUGUGCGACACUUCAAGUGCAGGUAUUUGAUCCUGAUGACCUUUAUUCAGGGGUCAACUUCUCCAAGGUUCUGAGCACUCUUUUAGCUGUCAACAAAGCAACAGAAGAUCAGCUCUCAGAAAGACCAUGUGGACGUUCCUCUUCUCUUAGUGCUGCUAACAGUUCUCAGACAAACCCGCAGACAACAGUUGUUAGCACAGCCCCAGGCCUGCAGAGGCAGUCAAAGGCGGUGGAGAUGACAGAAAAUGGAAGCCAUCAGUUGAUAGUAAAGGCAAGAUUCAACUUUAAGCAGACUAACGAAGAUGAACUGUCGGUUUGUAAAGGGGACAUCAUUUAUGUCACCAGAGUGGAAGAAGGAGGCUGGUGGGAAGGCACAUUAAAUGGCAGAACAGGCUGGUUCCCUAGUAAUUAUGUCCGAGAAAUUAAAUCCAGUGAGAGACCUCUCUCCCCCAAGGCUGUCAAAGGAUUUGAAACUACUCCGCUUACCAAGAACUAUUAUACUGUGGUGUUACAGAACAUUUUGGACACUGAAAAGGAUUAUGCUAAAGAACUUCAGUCUCUACUUGUCACUUACUUAAGACCCCUGCAGUCCAAUAACAAUCUGAGUACUGUGGAAUUUACAUCUUUACUGGGGAACUUCGAGGAAGUAUGCUCCUUUCAACAGACGCUCUGCCAAGCCUUGGAAGAAUGUUCCAAGUUUCCAGAAAAUCAGCACAAAGUAGGAGGUUGCCUGCUGAACCUCAUGCCUCACUUUAAAUCUAUGUAUCUGGCUUACUGUGCAAAUCAUCCUUCAGCUGUCAAUGUGCUCACACAGCACAGUGAUGAUCUGGAACAGUUCAUGGAAAGUCAAGGUGCAUCCAGCCCAGGUAUCCUCAUUUUAACAACCAGCCUCAGCAAACCAUUCAUGCGACUGGAAAAGUAUGUUACUCUCUUGCAAGAGUUGGAACGGCAUAUGGAGGAUACGCAUCCAGAUCAUCAGGAUAUUCUGAAAGCAAUCAUAGCAUUCAAAACUCUCAUGGGGCAGUGCCAAGACCUAAGAAAGAGAAAACAGCUGGAGUUGCAGAUACUUUCUGAGCCUAUUCAGGCCUGGGAAGGAGAGAGUAUUAAAACCUUGGGAAAUGUGCUGUUUAUGUCACAAGUAAUGGUGCAGCAUGGAACGUGCGAGGAAAAAGAGGAGCGGUACCUCCUGUUGUUCUCAAGUGUCUUGAUAAUGUUAUCUGCAAGUCCUCGGAUGAGUGGCUUUAUCUAUCAGGGAAAAAUACCAGUAGCGGGAAUGGUGGUGACUAGAUUAGAUGAAAUCGAAGGGAAUGACAACACAUUUGAAAUCACAGGUAACGUGGAGAGAAUCGUGAUCCACUGCAGCAGCAACCAGGACUUGCAGGAGUGGCUGGAGCAGCUCUGCAGACUGAUCCGGGGGCCCGCCUCCUGCAGUUCAUUAUCCAAGACCUCGUCAUCAUCUUGCAGCGGUCAUUCCUCUUUUAGCUCUACUGGACAGCCCCGAGGACCCCUGGAACCUCCUCAAAUUAUAAAACCGUGGAGUUUAAGUUGUCUACGACCUGCACCUCCACUUAGACCAUCAGCAGCACUAGGUUAUAAAGAGAGGAUGUCUUAUAUCUUAAAGGAGUCUAGUAAGAGCCCCAAAACAAUGAAGAAGUUUCUUCACAAAAGAAAGACGGAAAGAAAGCCAUCGGAGGAGGAAUAUGUGAUUCGGAAAAGUACUGCUGCUCUGGAAGAAGAUGCGCAGAUCCUUAAAGUGAUCGAAGCCUACUGCACCAGCGCAAAUUUUCAACAAGGCCACGGCUCGAGUGCACGCAAAGAUUCGCUCCCACAAGUCUUACUCCCCGAGGAGGAGAAACUCAUCAUUGAAGAAACCAGGAGCAAUGGCCAGACUAUCAUCGAAGAAAAGAGUCUGGUCGACACUGUGUAUGCCUUGAAGGAUGAGGUCAAAGAACUGAAACAGGAAAAUAAAAGAAUGAAGCAGUGCCUGGAAGAAGAAUUGAAAUCGAGAAGGGACCUAGAAAAGCUGGUCCGGAGGCUGUUGAAGCAGACUGAUGAGUGUAUUCGGGCCGAGUCCAGUAGCAAGACCUCCAUUCUUCCAUAACCAUCACUGUGCAGCUGGGCACACGUGCCUCCAGGGCAUCUCGAAAUGUCCAGCUGAAUGAUUUGUUUGAUCACUUCCUUGGUUUUUAUUUUGUACCUGAGUCAGUCUUUCUCUCUCUCUCGCUCGCUCUCUCUCUUUCUCUGUCUCUCUGUUUGCUUGAGUGUUUGUUGUCAUUCGGUUAUUGGUUGGUUGUUUUCUUUUUGACUGGGGUAAAAGCAAGAGGUGGUGGUGGAAGUCUCCCCAGAGUCUUUUCCAUCUAAUAAGAAAAGGACAACUAGUAUAGGCAAAUGACUUAAAUGGUCUUCAGAUGGCCUUCAAUUCAUAGUGCCUCUUCACCAGCCAUUACCCUCCUCCCUGGCCCCGCCCCGCCCCGUCACUCUUUUGGGGCUGGCUGCCAUAUCAAAGUGGCUGGCCAUGGCUUAGUAAAUGUGAACUUGACUUUUUCUUUCAUGCUUUCUUGUAUCUGGAAGCCCCUCAGUACCCAGUUUAAGGAGGGCAAAGCUCCUUGAGCUAUGACUAGGGUAGGGUGAAUGGAAGACUAGCACAUUUGCCCAGUGACCCAGCCACCCUGCCCUGACUAUCAUGUGCCACCCCUCAAUGCACACUUUUUAUUUUAAUUACUGCCCUGUGUUGUCUGUAAGGCCAAGAAAACAGUAGCACCCUUAUUCCUUUUAUGUGGGUUUACAUUUUAACUCUAUGGGGCAGAAGCUCCGGUCACCCCCGCCAGUACCAGACCCAUUAGCAAAUUGCACUAGACAAUCUUCCCCUUCAGCCGCAGAGUUGACCAUCCCUGCCCAGUGCAUGAUAGGUUUUCCCCCCUAACCGUCUGCCUCGUGUGUAAGUUUUCUAUUUCCCCAGUGCUUUCAGCCAACCGUACGAAGCGGUGUGUAAACUAGUAUGUGUGCGCUUUGCUUACUUUUUGAAAAUAUAGACUGUGAGCAGUUACUUCAUCUACAUUGCAUAUUCAACAUGUGACUUCUCAUCCUUCAAAACAAUCUGCAUUGAGGAGAUAUUGUGCCCUAGUAGACCGCUUUAAUUCACUUUAUCGCUCUCCCAGGUAUGCAG